AGUCACGUGGAGCCAGUCGCGAGUCCACCUCGGGUCUGUCCAAACAGAGCGAGCUGUUAGCGGGCUGUCUGGUGGAGAGCUGCUCGGUGCUAAUCUGAUUCAUGUUGGUUUUCAGUCGCCCGUUCCUUUAAACCAGACUACUUAAUCGAAGAAUGAGUGAUAACGAUGAUAUCGAAGUCGAUAGUGACGAAGAAUCACCGAGAUAUCACUCUGUGGCAGACAAACGGGCACACCACAAUGCGCUGGAGCGCAAGCGUAGGGACCACAUCAAAGACAGCUUUCACAGCCUCCGGGACUCCGUACCCGCCUUGCAAGGGGAAAAGCAAUCUAUCAAACAGGCGUCCCGAGCUCAAAUCCUAGACAAAGCCACAGAGUACAUCCAGUACAUGAGGCGGAAAAACCACACGCACCAGCAGGACAUCGACGACCUGAAGAGGCAGAACGCGCUGCUGGAGCAGCAAGUCCGUGCUCUGGAGAAGGUGAAGGGCUCCACCCAGCUCCAGACCAGCUACUCGUCGUCCGACAGCAGCCUGUACACCAACCCCAAAGGCAGCACUGUGUCAGCCUUCGACGGAGGCUCCGACUCCAGCUCCGAGUCUGAGAGUGAGGAGCCACCCAACAGGAAGAAGCUGCGUGUGGAGGCCAGCUAGAGAGGACCGCUGACCCGGCCGACGGGGUGGCCGGACACAGGCGGGUGAGGGGAACCGCAGCCUUCAGAGCUCUCCGACUCCCACUGACCCCUUCCCUUACGCCACCCCUCUCUCCCUGCCCCAAACGUUUUCCUCGUUCUCUCUCCUCCCAUCUCUGGGUGGGCUCGCACUGGAGACUCUCGAUCCCUCAACACCCCACCUUGCACCUCCUCUCCCACCAAGAUGGACUCUUUCUCCAUGCAGUCGCGGAGGAAGGGAAACGGGGGAGUCAGCAGGGUGGAAGAUGAGUGCUAAAAUUCAUAUAGAGAGCUUUGUUUCUUUUUCUCUUGCCCCACCUCCCAUUCUCUCUGUUCUUUUCUUUGAUUCUCCAGCAUUGGUAUUUCCCCCCAGCAACAUCAACAAUCCACAACCCAAAAUGAGGCAGCUUGGCUACUUAAGGACUUGAUGCUUUUUGUACCCUCGAUAUAGUCCCUUCUCCCCGGGUUCUUUUUGGGGGGCGGGUGGGAGGGCGCACCAGGUGUACUCCUCCAAGCACUGCUAUAUAUAUUUUUUUGUUUUGUUUAUUUUGUUGAUUAUUCUUGAUAAAAACCUGUUUAGAAUUUACACACACGCCUAGAAGAAUUGUCAUGGAGAAGUUUACCUUUUUAAAAAAAAUGAAUAAAACAUUUGUAGCCUACUUUUCCACUGAAGAAUGUGAAGAUGCUUUGAAGCAAAUGUUAGUGAUACCCACCUCAGGCCCACUGGAUUGCAGAUGUUUUCCAUUUUGACACGUUUGUUAACAGAAGAGAGAAAAAAAAAAAACGUACAACUCCUUUGUCGAAAUUGAUGUUUUGGAAAAGAGGAGAAAA